AUGGAUGAAAACCCAUUUGAUUCUGAAGAGUUUGUCUGCGAUAUCCAGCUAUGGAUUCAACGUCUUGAUCCUGAUCAAUUCCGGAAGCUUGUCCAGCGCCGGGGUUUGAUCAAAGACCGCGACCGCAUUGAUGAUCUUAAACUUAUACAAGCACAACAGGGAGGUGCGGCCCACAAUGAAAAAGUCGUUUCAAUCCUUGCUCCUGGUGAAAUGGACACCUAUCAGGGUCUGUGUAGUGUCAUUCUGGAAAUGGGCUACACCGACCGAUAUCAUCAGAUGAUUCAGCUCUUACCACAAUACCGUGUUCAACAAGCAUUGUCCUCGUGUGUUGCUGCUAAGCAACCAGAGUCAGCCAACGCCAUAGCAGCCAGAGCAGACCCACCUGUAACCAUGCCAACUGAAGACUGCACAACAGCAGCGGUUGCGUCAGCAGGAUAUGCAGCGUAUCAAUCCACUGCAGGGGCAACGAGUCCAUCGCCACUUGGACAGCAAUUAGCACCACUGUGUCCACCGAUGAAAAGCAGAACUGCAGCAGCAAGACCAGGAGCAGAAGGAGGAGAAGUAGCUGGAGUAACAGCAGCAUCAAUGGCAGCACCAGCAGCAGGGGCAAUGGCAGGAGCAGCAGCAGCAACCACAGCAGCAACAGCAGCAGCAGGGGCAAUGGCAGGAGCAGUAGCAGUGGCGUCAUCAGCAACUGUAUUAACCCCUCAAGCGUCACUCCAGGCAAGGUUUCCAAUCGGAACGACAAUGUCAGAACGUGCGCAUGGAGCAAGAGCAGAGUCAGAACCAGGAGCAACAGCCACAGUACCAGCUGUACCAGCACUUCAUCAUUGCCAUCAUCCCGGUGCACAACCACCUCUUGCUCUGCAGCCCGGUGCAGCCUUAGCUUGCUCCUCCACUGGUAGAUCACCAUCAUCAAUGUCAGGUCCUUCUACUACGGCAGAGACUACAUUUGGUCUUAGCCAGACCUGUAUGAGUGCACCCACCCAAGCCACUACAACACAUCCCAUUGCCAGAUCAGAUAACACUAGCACUGGCAGGUGUGCUGCUGUUGGUAAUGCUGCUAGGAGAGGAACUGCUUUGCAGCAGAGUACACAGCCACCAGCGUCAGUCCAUCUUGAAAACACGGCACAGAUGGCAGCAGCUGCAGUUGUAAGACAUGCUUCUUCACUGCCUCUCGAGCCGCAAGCCAAGAGGGCCCUACUAAGCAAUGUUGGUAGAGCAUUCACCGAGGAAAUGUCCAGGCAUAUUGACUAUGUGUCUGCUCCAAGUAUGGCUCAUACCAGUCCAGAUUCCCAGGCCUCUCUGCUGCACAAGUCUCAGUCCCUCCUGGACAGCCCCGAAAUGUCUGAAGGUGACUCAGGGUUGUCCGGCUCAGCUGCUAGCUCAGACACCGAAGAAUGGACGGAAGAUGAUCUGCGCAAUGCUCGAGUCACGGUCUUUUUGGACAGCAAACUGAGGACAUCUGUGGAUGACUGUGAUGGAAUUAUCUUUGACAGUUUAUCCAAGCAGCACCUCAAUAAGGAUAAUGUCAGAAUCAAGUCGAAGAGCAGAAUAACUGAUCCUGCACUCGCGCGAGUGGAAAGAAAAGGAGGAGAUAUAAGGACAUUGGUCCAAAUCAUCAUCAACGGAGAGCCUGACGACUACACUCAACAUAGGAUCCGAAGGGAAGUGAUUGAGGACCUGGAGGACCUUACCUUCUCCAAGGAUAAAAUUCAGGUCAUCUACACAGGCGCCUGGGAAUCCAUCCAGGUGGUACUGCUGCUACCAAUGAAGACACUGGGUCAUCUACUCUACCUUGCAGUACACUAUCCUGGACUGCUGCGAGGCCUGGAUAUACUUCAAAUCAUUGACAUCUCCUCUUUGACCAUAAUUGACUUUCGAGAGAUAACAGGCAACUCUAGCAGCUCCACUGUGGCCUUAGACGAGUUGACAGAGGAUGAUGGAGUGCUGUCAGAGGACAAUGAGGAUAAUGAGGAUGAGGAUGAUGUUGAAGUUCUGCCACAGAGCUAUGACAAUGAGCUGGAGUUUUCGAGGCGCACUGACGUAGCUGCUGCUGCUCAGCCCCAUAUCUCGCAGCAGGAAUACGACCAGCUAAAUAAUUGCAGUAAGGACUUCCAGCUUGUGCUGGCAGUCAUUAUGAGGUCACACCGGAAAGACCAGAAUUUCCUCACAGCAAUCCGGACUUGCAUUUCCAACGAAUUGCUCUCCAGUGUUGAUAUUGAGCGACCGGAAUCCGUCAAGGUCACAGCUGUCAGAGCAGACCCACCUGUAACCAUGCCAACUAAGGAAGAAACAACAGCAGCAGCUGCGUCAGCAGGAUUUGCAGUGUAUCCAUCCAACCCGACUGCAACAAAACCAUUGCCACUUGGACAGCAAUUAGCACCACUGUCUCCACCAAUGAAAAGCAGAACUGCAGCAGCAAGAGGAGGGCCUGGAGGAGGAGAAGCAGUAGUAGUAGCACCACCAUCAGUAGCAGCACCAGCAGUAGCAGCAACACCAGCAGUAGCAGCACGAGCAGUAGCAGCAACACCAGCAGUAGCAGCAACACCAGCAGUAGCAGCACCAGCAGUAGCAGCACCAGCAGUAGCAGCACCAGCAGUAGCAGCAACAGCAGUAGCAGCACCAGCAGUAGCUGCACCAGCAGCACCAGCAGCAGUAGCAGCAGCAGCAACAGCAGCAGUAGCACCAAUAUCAGCAACAGCAUCAUGGGCACCUCGAGCAACAGCAAAGCUGGAACCAGGAACAACCGAAACCAAAUCAACUAUGCCAGCACUUCGUGCUUAUUCAGGACCAUUGUGUUAUAACUGUGGACAAGUUGGUCACUUUGCCCCCUAUUGUGACAAGGAGCACUCAGAGGAGAAGACUUGUUAUACCUGUGGAAAGACGGGGCACGUUGCGAGAGACUGCACACAAGCACCAGAGAGUGAGUCUCGUGGUGGCAGCAGAGUGGUGGACAUUGAAAUCCGUUGA